UAUUUCAGUGCAGGGGUGAUAUACAUAGUACUAGGGUAUGGUGCUAUUGUGUGCCUUAACGUUUGAGCUUCAUAAUGUGGUAAAUGGAAGUUAUAACCCCUUACGGAUACUCAGCUCGUCUAGCUCACUCGCAUUGGUACAGCAUCGAUGAAACACCGCUAAAAAUAGCACGGCCCACUUCCUGCUUGAAGAUUACGAUUAGCCUCCUAGGGGUCAAUUUCUGGCUCCUUACGCCCCAAGGUGGAAAGGUGAUGUAUGACACAGGCUUGGCACGUUGGUCCUCUGGCGUGAACUCACUUUUAGUUUCCCCUUUAUGCACGGCAUCGCGUGCUGUUGCACAAUAGUCUGAAAAUCCUCACAACUAAUGUAUGGUAAUUACGUAGUUAUAUAGGGUGGUAAAUUGUCUAGAGAGCGUUGCAAAGAUCAGUGCAUAUGCAUACCACAACCACUCUCCAGGCAGUUAUG